AUGGAUAGGAACCCAGAGCUAAUAGCUGCCGACACUUAUGCCUCAAGGUACACUUUCACACUGGUCUUUGCUGAUUUGUCACGGAACAGACUCUCCGAGCUCCCAGCAGAAGUUUGUCACUUUGUUUCCCUGGAGAGCCUUAAUUUUUACCAGAACUGCAUUCGUUACAUCCCCGAGGCGAUAUUGAACCUGCAGUCCUUGACGUUUCUAAAUAUCAGUCGAAACCAGCUCUCCAUGUUGCCAGUACACUUGUGUAGUCUACCAUUGAAAGUUUUGAUAGCAAGUAAUAAUAAACUGGUCUCGCUGCCUGAAGAAAUUGGACAGCUUAGACACUUAACAGAGCUUGAUGUGAGCUGUAACGAAAUACAGAUGAUACCUCCCCAGAUUGGCAAUCUGGAAUCCUUGCGGGACCUGAAUGUUAGAAGAAAUCAUUUGCUGCGUUUACCUGAAGAGCUUGCAGAACUGCCUUUGAUUCGGUUAGAUUUUUCCUGCAAUAAAAUAACCACAAUCCCAGUUUGUUAUCGGAACCUCAGGCAUCUUCAGACAAUUACACUAGAUAACAACCCUCUACAGUCACCCCCUGCACAGAUAUGUAUAAAAGGAAAAAUCCACAUAUUUAAGUACCUGAACAUAGAAGCAUGUAAGAUAGCUCCGGAUUUGCCUGAUUAUGACAGGAGACCUAUGGGAUUUGGCUCUUGUCAUGAGGAGCUGUACUCGGGUCGUCCUUAUGGAGCACUAGAUUCUGGCUUCAAUAGCGUGGACAGCGGAGACAAAAGAUGGUCAGGGAAUGAACCUACGGAUGAGUUCUCAGACCUCCCUCUGCGAGUGGCAGAGAUCACUAAAGAGCAGCGACUGCGGAGAGAAAGUCAAUACCAGGAGAACCGAGGGAGCGCUAUUGUGACUAAUGGUGGAGUGGAACAUGAUCUGGAUCAGAUCGACUAUAUUGAUAGCUGUGCCACCGAAGAGGAGGAGGAAGAGGGCUCACCAGUAAAGCCAGUGCCCAUCAGAGAAUUUCAGAGAGCAGAGGACACAAGGCGAUACUUGCAUCAAAAUAGGGACACUGAUGAAUUACGAAGACCAGAAACACUAAGUUUGUUGCAGGACAGAGAGCGACACCAAGGACUAAGGAGUUACGUGGACAGAGCAGAGAGAGCCCCAGCUGAUUCAUCUUACCAUCUCUGUCUGUCAAACACCCACAAUCAGAUGUCUAAUACAGAUGCAGACAUUCACCGAAGGCGAGAGCACUUAGUGGAGCGCACUCGGCGAGAGGCCCAGCUUGCAGCACUUCAGUAUGAGGAGGAGAGGAUAAGAACAAAGCAGAUCCAGAGGGAGGCUGUCCUUGACUUUGUCAAACAAAAGGCAUCCCUGAGCCCUCAGAAGCAAAGUCCUCUUGAUAGUGAGUCGCUGUCAGGGUUGAAUCAAGAGGGCUGUGCUACCACCCUGCCACAUGCCUCUGCCUUCAGACCCGUGCAGAGUGAUGACAGAUCUGCCAUCUCUCCUGGUUCGCCAACAACUCAGACAGUCCACCUUUCCCCUCAAUAUCCUGGCCCUGCUGCUCCUCCUUCCUAUAGAAACCCUUCCCAGCGACCUGAGAGUUUCCUUUUCCGACCAGCUGUAAGGGAUGAGACAAACAAAGCCUUGGUCCCUGCUAAUGAUUCGACAGACCCUCGAGCAAGACAGAACGCCAAGCAGCGUGAGAAGGAGCUGGAGUUGAUAGAGCAGCUGCGGAAGAAUAUUGAGUCACGGUUGAAAGUAUCUUUGCCCAGCGAUCUCGGAGCUGCUCUUACUGAUGGCGUUGUUCUCUGCCACCUAGCCAAUCAUGUGCGGCCUCGAUCUGUUCCCAGCAUACAUGUCCCCUCGCCUGCUGUACCCAAACUGACAAUGGCAAAAUGCAGACGAAACGUGGAGAAUUUCCUGGAAGCUUGCAGAAAGAUCGGCGUGCCUCAGGACAAUCUUUGUUCCCCUUCUGACAUUCUGCAGUUAAAUCGCAGCGUUAAAGGGACAGUUGAAACGCUGCUUUCCCUGGGGACAAAGUCAGAAGAAUCCGCUCUUGUCUCCCUUUCCGUCCAGCUCUGGGGCUUUGUGGCGUUUUACUGCACUCUAAUGCUAACGCUCUGUAUGUUCUAUCGCUGGGUCUUUUUCCUCUAGCUGGAGGCCGGUGGUGCUGCUGGUGCCACAUCGCUCCAGGGCUUGGUAACGGCUUUUGUUUUCGGCAAGAACUAUGUGUAUAAGUGCAUCCCCUCUGCUCCCCCAAUGGAUGGGACAUGUACAAUGUAUAAGCUCUCCAGCACGGCCAGGUGACCAUCCCUGACACCAUUUCCAGUUUGUAUUUGCUGUGUG